CUGUGGACGGAGUCAGGUUGCAAAGUGACCCGCCGCUCGCCCGCCGCUCUGACAAACAAGACGGCUGCGUCCGCCAAUUCUGUAGAAAGAUGAUUAGGGAGGGACUUUGCGAUGGCUGGUCGGAAAUCCAAGGCCGUUCUUAGAUCAGAGAACGGCGGUGUUGACCGUGUUUGCAACACCGCCCUUCGGGUCCAAAAGCGAAACAAGACGAUAUAAAAGGCGGCGAUUCCUUCUCGGUCUUGCCAUCGAUUCUUUGACCGUCCACUCCCCUCUCUCUUCAUCCAAUUCUUCGGUCGUUGACUAAAACACAAACGAUGAGGCUUUUCGCUGCUGCGCUUACGGCCAUCGUGGGUGUGACCACUCUCGUCUGUGCCGCUCCCCAGUCCGUUGCUGCUCCCCAGUCCGUUGCUGCUCCUCAGUCCAUUGCUGUGGAGACAGAGGCAAAGGAAGCCUAUCUUUUCGUAGGCUUCCAAGAGAAGUCCGAAAACGUCUCGUUCUGGCUCUCUCGAGGCAACGACCCUCUCAAUUACCAAGCACUCCCAAAAGCACAACCACUUCUGACCUCGGAACCGGCCCAGUCUGUGCCCAUUGCGUCUCGACGCCGCGUUGGCACUGGCGGUGUCCGCGACCCUUUUCUUGUGCGUGCGGCUAGGCCGGGCGGACCCAACUACAUCCUGGCCACCGACGCCAGCCUCAAGUUGAUCAAUUACAACUUCGAUCUCGUGAACCGGUACGGCACGCACGGCUUUCUCGUUUGGGCCUCUGCGCCGGGGAGCCUGACGAGCUGGGACCCCACGCCGAAGCUCGUCAAUAUCGUGCCGGACAACUUUGGCUUCGUUGCGGCGCCCGAGGCUAUCUGGGACCCGGCCAAGGGCAAAUACCUCUUGACGUGGUCCUCGGCCUAUUUCGGUACAGCCAAUCCCAAGGACCACAGCGGCCAGGCCUCACCGACCAAGAUCUUCUACGCCUACACGGACAAUUUUGUCGAUCUCCAUAGCGAAAACCCUCGGUUUCCCGAAGUGUAUCUCGAUCUGUCCGCGUCUCAGACGGGUGGAAGCUUGAGGGAUCUGACGCUGCGCUACGUCGGCAAGAGCCCCGUCGGACAGGGCGACUGCUACGUGCGCUUCUUCAGAGAAGACACCGAUGGCGCUCUCAAGGUCCGAGGACAGAUCAGCGACAAUGGAUUGUUCGGUAAAUUCAAGGACAUCGGCCAGGGUCCGACGGAGUGGUAUCUGGAGCAGGGCGACGCCAACGGAGGUCCUCUCUUCUUCAAGGACAACCGCGAUCCGGAUCUGUGGCACGUCUGGGUUGAUCUCUUCGCCACGGGCUACAAGCCCUUCGACACUGGUCCCGACGCCUUGUCCAGAACCCCGCACUACUCACCAAGCGCCUCCAAUGGCGGCUUCCCCAAGGACCUCAAGCAGGGAAGUGUCGAGCCCAUCACCAAGGCAGAGUACGACGAGAUUCUCCGCACUCUCGGCUAGAAUUCCCCACCACCUUUUCCCC